AAAAAGUAGUUUGUAAAAAUGUCACUUGCUUAUGUUUUUUUUUUCUGUGUGGAAGAAAAUAUAUUAAAAAUUAAAAAUUAAUUAUUAAUUUUAAUAUAAAAAUGUAAAAUAUAUGUAAUUAUAAUUCAGCCAGUUUAACCUUAGUGUAGAACUUGAAAAUUACAUUAAAUGUUAACAUGAAUGUACAGACUGAAUUAAGUCAUUAUGUAUUCCACAAAGAAAACCAGUCUAGACUCUCAUUUCAGUGUUUUUAACAUUUAUGUUUAAGAAGUUUUGAGCAAAUCAUAUGAUGUGUUUUAAUGAAAUUAUUGACUGUUGAUUUGUUCGGAGGGGAAAAUAAUGGAUUAAUGAAUUAUUCUCUUAUUUUAGAAAUGUUUAUUGUGGGAAUUGUUCAGUCGCUGCUGCUUAUCUGUAUACCAUUUUUACCUCUUCUGCAAGCAAAAUUCAAAUUUCUCCACCAUAGAUGGGGAACAUUAUUGUCAAUAAUAACAAUAACACUCCUGGAUAUCAUCCUACUGAUUUAUGUUCUUCUAGCCAUAUUGGAAAGAGAGAAAGAGUACUUGGAAUGGACCUGUGUAAUUGUAUUUAUAGAAGUUCUGAAGAUAACGGUGGCCUUUAAAGAAAAUGUGCAAGGGGCAGAACGUUCAGUAGUCCGGAGGCGAGGACAACAGACUGAGAUGAGCCAACAAGGAGAAAAUGCAUUGUCUCGCUGUAAUGAAAUCAUGUACAUGUUUGGAGCAGUUGGUCUUAUUUUGCUGAGCUCUGUUACACUGACUGCAGAACUGAUCCUGAAAGCACGAAAUGGUGAGCGUGUCUUAAAGGAUCUGAGAGUCAUUGUCUUUCCUUCUGAAUGUGCUUUUGCCUUGUAUUGGCUGGUUUUACAAAUGCAUGCUUACUGGAAGAUUGUUACAACUGGAUUUACACACAAUCAAAGAAACUCAACUCAAAGAAGGCAUCUAAGGAGCACAACAGAAAAUCAUGAAAUGGAGAAUCUGUCUGCACCUGAUCCUGAUGUUUCACAGAAACAGAUAUGAGAAACCAACUCAUGUACAUUUAUCCUUUACUCUGACUGUUCUCUCUGCGAACGAGCAAAAGAGGAGUUCCUCUGAACUGAGACUGAAAAAUGUUCAUCAGACGUUCAGCCAGCAGUCCGGGGACGUGACGUCUGAGGCUGAGACUAGGGUGAAAGCGACUCGGCUCUCCACUAGAUUCUAGCUGUCGCUAUGGCAAAUAUCAGCUGAUUUGUUUAAAAAUAAACGUACAUUAAAGCUGAAAUACAGCCUGAACGAUGGCAACAAUAACGUACAAUCACUAGACUAGUGAUCAUCAAAUCCUUUUAGCAGUUUAUUUUACAGACUUUAUUUGAAAGUCUUCCCUUUUUUUCACAAAACCUUUUGCUCUCUAGAAACCAUGUCAGUUUUGGCUGAAAAUAUUUCAAGUUCAAGUUAGCAUUAUAAACCCUGAAUUAAUACUAACAUAUGAAAUUAAUUAAAUGAAUAACAGAAAAAUUAGGAAUGUUGGACAAUAAAUAUAUAACAGGAAUAUAACAGCUUGACAGUGAAAUGUUUUUGCAGUAUUAAUGUCCACUAAAGGAAGACUGUAAAAAAUAAUACCUUUUUAUGUAAAAAAACAUGUUCAGCCACUUUCUCCAAAAUUGUUUAAUUAUAUAAUUAUGACAGACACAGCAAUGCAUCGUGUUCUAGAUCAUCAUGUUUGUAGUGUGUUCCAGGGGAUUAAAACGUACAAUAUAUAUUUCAGACCUAGUGGAGUAAUAGUAAAUAAUAAUGUAGUAAGUAAUUGUAAAUGUGUAAAGUUGCAUAAGCCCAUUAUAACUUAGUGUCAUCCAUAUAAAUCAUUAUUAUGUUUUCUAUGGCUAGGACCUGCAGUUCCUAAAAGGAUUUAACCCUCUAUGGUACCGUGUAGUAAUUCUCAUACUAUAUCUGCACAUAUUAUGAUUUUUCUGUAGAGUUUAAUUGUUUCCUCAGCUUUCUCGCACAAUGAGGUGCCAUUAGUGAAGUAAGAGAUUUUGCAUGCGUGCGCUUGUGUGUGUAUGUGCAUGCUUGUAAGGAUAAAGUGCAUAUUAGUAUAAGGUUAUGAUGAUUUAAAAUUUUUUACUUUGAAACAACACUGAUUAUAAUGUUUUGGUAUGACAGCAGAUAUGAAAGUUUAGUUAUACUUGUGAUCCACGAUGGUACAAUGUUGCCUGAGAGCAACAGCUGGAUAUAAAAUGUUACUUUUUAUUAAAUAUGAGAUGUACAAUACAUUAAAAACUAGAUAAUUUUGUUUGUUCGAGUGUUUGGUUAAAGAAAUUGAUGUUUUCAAUAAAUAUAUUUAUUUUUUUAUGCAUGAAAAUGUCAAAUGUUUAAUUUUUUUUUCGUUGUGGUACAAUGUUGCCUUGAGGCAACACACUUUAAAAAAUAAAUAAAAAAUAACGAAAAUGUUUAUUGAUAUUGUUAUAGAGUCCAAUUUUAAAUAGGAAAAACAUCACAAAUAAUUUUUUUCCUCAUUGAUAUCAUAUUCCGUACUGUAGAGGGUUAAGUUUACUACUAGACUAAAAACAGUUAAAGUCAGCAGGUGCUUAAGACAAAGCUAUGUCCCACUUCAAAACACACAAUAUUUUUUACACUUUUGUGAAUAUUCACCUGUCAGGGUCUUUGAAAAAAUGAUGAAAAGCAAGAUUUUUACUGUCACACUGAUAGUUUUUGCAGUGGAUUGCCCAACAUUGCGUUCUUUUAUUCCACUUUGACUUCUCUUUCAUUGUUAUUUGGUCUAUUUAUUUGGUAUUGUUAUUUGGUCAGCUUGUUUGCAGUCUGAAGGUAAAUCAAGAACUGUUGAUUGAAUAAGUACAGUGUUUUCUUUCCUCAAGAAACACUAUAUUUAUAAAGGCUUGUGCAAAGCGCUGAAUCUUUUAUAAUAUGAUAUUUUGAGGGGUAAGACUAGCACAGAGAAAUAUAUAAUACAUUUUGAUCAACAUGACAUUAGCAACUGAUAAUAGGAAAUCAGACAAAUGUACAUAAUCGAUUGCAUGAAUGCACCAAAGCAAUCACAACUUGUUCAAAAGAAUGAGAAACUGCUUUUAUCAUGUACACAAGUGACAUGAUGACGUGGAGGUUGAACAAGUAGUUUCAUUUCUGAUCUGAGAAAUGCACCAAAGCGACUGAGAUAAACUGUAAUAAUGCAUUAGUAAAUUGCUGCAGAAGUAUUGUUCAUUCUUAGUUCAUGUUAACUACACUAGUUAACUAAUGUUAACUAAUGAACCUUAUUGUGAAGUGUUAUCAUUUAUAUAAAUGUAUCUGUCUACAAUAAAGCCACAAUACCAACUACCAAUAGGAGGUUUCUGGCUGACACCAAAAAUUGUAUUAUGCCUAUGUCACAAUAUGAGGUAAAUCCGGCCCUGUACAUGAUACUGAUUUUUGUUGCCAAAUUGGUUUGGAACAGUUGUUGAAUAA